AAAGGUGAGAGGCUGUCAUAAUCAUAGUAUCUCUCCUCCUCCUCUCAAAAGGGAAUUAACCUUUUGACUUCCCUCAGUUCUCUCAUCUCUUCAAUAAGUAAUGUCCAAGCCCUUUAUCAGAAUUUCCAGAGUCAAAGAUAUAUCCCCUUCUCCAAGGAUCUCUCAGAGAGACAAUAAUUAUAAAACAGCAAUUAUAAAGCAAUAUACAAGGAUAGUAAAGGAGAAAGAGAAUGGGAGCCUCAAGGAAAAGCUCAUAACCCAGCUUGGCUUCCCAGAGGUGAUACCGAAGGGGAAAUCACUGGAGAAAUAUGAAUUCACCAGGUAAAGGAGAAGUGUGUGCAGGCAGAUAAAACAACAUAAGGAGUAAUACAGAGACUGAGAAAAUAUCCCAUGCAAGAAGCUUCAGAAUAUGUUUGGGGGCUGAAAGGUAAAGCCUGAAACACAAAGUGACAGGAAAUAAGGUUGGAGAGACUGACAGAGAGAAAAUCCUGAUGUCAGCGGAUCCAGGUCAUCAGAUGCAAAGCAGCCAUACUCUGGAAGCCUGGUGCACCAUUUUCUAUUGAAGAGGUAGAAGUGGCCCCACCAAAGGCAAAGGAAGUUCGCAUAAAGGUUGUGGCCACCGGACUGUGUGGUACAGAGAUGAAAGUGUUGGGGAGUAAACACUUGGACCUCUUGUAUCCCACCAUCUUGGGCCAUGAAGGGGCUGGAAUCGUUGAGAGUAUUGGAGAAGGAGUAAGCACAGUGAAACCAGGUGACAAAGUUAUCACACUGUUUCUGCCACAGUGUGGAGAAUGUACCUCUUGCCUGAAUUCUGAGGGCAAUUUUUGUAUACAAUUCAAACAGUCAAAAACCCAACUGAUGUCUGAUGGUACCAGCAGGUUUACCUGCAAGGGAAAAUCAAUAUAUCACUUUGGUAAUACCAGCACCUUCUGUGAAUACACAGUGAUAAAGGAAAUCUCAGUUGCCAAGAUUGAUGCAGUCGCUCCUCUAGAGAAAGUAUGCCUAAUUAGCUGUGGCUUUUCCACUAGGUUUGGUGCUGCAAUCAAUACUGCCAAGGUGACUCCAGGUUCUACCUGUGCUGUGUUUGGCCUGGGAGGAGUCGGCUUGUCUGUUGUCAUGGGUUGUAAAGCAGCAGGAGCAGCCAGGAUCAUUGGAGUGGAUGUCAACAAGGAGAAAUUUAAGAAGGCACAGGAAUUGGGUGCUACUGAGUGCCUCAACCCUCAGGACUUAAAGAAACCCAUUCAAGAAGUUUUAUUUGAUAUGACAGAUGCUGGUAUAGACUUCUGCUUUGAGGCCAUUGGAAAUCUGGACGUUCUGGCAGCUGCCCUCGCCUCCUGCAAUGAGAGCUAUGGGGUCUGUGUGGUUGUUGGGGUGUUGCCUGCCAGUGUUCAACUCAAAAUCAGUGGCCAGUUGUUCUUCUCAGGACGUUCUUUGAAGGGUUCUGUUUUUGGAGGCUGGAAGAGCAGACAGCACAUCCCUAAACUGGUUGCUGAUUAUAUGGCAGAGAAGUUGAAUCUAGAUCCACUAAUUACUCAUACUCUGAAUCUUGAUAAAAUCAAUGAAGCAGUUGAAUUAAUGAAAACUGGAAAAUGUAUCCGCUGUAUCCUGUUACUUUAAGUACAAUGUAAUACAUGCAAGACCCAAAGGAUAUUUCACCAACUCAAUGGCAUUUGAUGUAAUUUUCAUGAUUUAGAAGAAUUAUUCACGCAAUCCCAUUUCUAUAUUCUGACUUCUGAUUCACUCCGCAGUGGACCUAUAUCUGGCUUCUGACCUAACCAUUUCAUCAAAAUUGUUCUUACGUAACCCAGUGUCACCAAGGAUCAGCCUCCUUUUCAGAGCUAGAUUAAGGUUGGCUUGAAUCACCCAACUCCACAUCCUUCAGACAUAAAAGGUCAAUGCAAGAUGCUCCCAUUUUCAUAGUUCCUCUACCUGUGGACCUUUAUAUUCUUGUACACUAUGUCUCUCUCACAGGCCUAGACAUGAAACUCUGCCAUUUUACUCUAAAGAAACAAAACUCCGCAUUAAUGAGUUUAUUGAAGAUUCAGGUUAACCUGAAUCAAGUUAACCCAGUCUCAAAUGCUCACUUAUCCUAUCUCCUUGGCACAAAUCUCUCCUCUCCUGGAUUGCCAAAGAAAAUUCAAAUUAUUCUUCAAUUGGUCAGGAUGAUUUGACUAUCAGCAGUUCAUAGUACCCAUCUUCAUAACUAAGCCACCUAGGGAUCCAGCAGAAAAAAAAGGGGUGAGGGGAGUCAUCAUACAGGAGGUGGAUCAUUUACCAGGAUCCACACUUCCUACAAAGCGGUUGUAAUAUUAAAUAACAAAACUGUUUUUUAUUCCAAUCUUCACAUAAAACAGGAAUAAUUGUAUACUUUCUUACUAAUGUGUCCCAUGGAGUUUUUCCUCCAAGAAGUGGCUUAGGGGAAAAUGAGCCCCAGUAAUGCUUUGUGGCAUCCAAUCCUUCUACCCCGACCCUUUGACUUUCUGUCCCAGCCCCUCUUAGUUCUCCUAGAAUUAGGACUAAGGUUAAGUGCCCUCUUGGGAUAUGACUUCCUUCCCUUCCUCUUGAUACAAAAAGAGCCUAUUACCAACCCUCAUACACACAAGAGUUCCCUUCCUAGUUGCAGACUCUUCUGCUCCAGCUGGACUCCCCUAGCUCUGGACUCCCACUAGAUCACACAGGGGUCCCUGCAUGUCAGUAAACUUUGGCUGACCUUGGGAGACCAAAAAAUGGAAUAUCAUUUUUUGAUCUAAACAAAAUAGUUUCCUGAUUUAACACUGGCCAGGAAGGUGGGCUGCACCCUCAGUCUCUCUCUCCCAUCAUGGUUUUCACAUGAUAUCAAAGGACUCUCAUAACAGUCUGAUUCUUAUGAGUUGGGCAUCCUGUGUUUCCCUUUAGGGGCCUGCUUCCUUCAAAUAGAGGAGAUGGGUGCUAUGAAAUCUAUUCACUCUGGACUUGGGAUGGCUCUUCUCCAUCUUCCCAAGUCUGAGCUGGAGCCUCCAUGCCCAACUCUGCUCUGCUCUUCUAUUUCCUGACAGCAGCUAAAGCAUGUUCCUGUUCUGCCCCCAAAUUGACCUUACUAACAGUGAGAACUUGGAGGAGUCUUCGGGUCUUGGGAAAUCCAAGUUUUCCUGGAAACAUUUUGUUGUAAACAGUGUCCACACUCUUUGCUCCAAUAAAGCUCGGUUCCUUAAGCCAC